ACCCUACUUGCUGUGCUGCUUCAAAGUUCAAAGUUAAAAAUUUCUCAAAGUGAUCCACGUCCCGGAGGUCAACGUUAAAAUUAAUAAUGAAUUUUUUAAAGCUGCUUACACGAAACACUUCUCGGAUAGGUGGACUUCUUACAACUAAACAGAGUUUUAUUCAUACAGGUCGAAUUCUCGAAAUUGCACAAGUUCAAAAACCGGCUCCAAAAUUUAACGGUAUAGCAGUUGUAGGAAAUGAUUUCAAAGAUAUAAAACUAGACGACUUCAAAGGAAAAUACUUGGUCCUGUUCUUCUAUCCGCUAGAUUUUACGUUCGUCUGCCCUACCGAAAUAAUUGCAUUCAGUGAUCGUAUACAAGAAUUUCGAGCAUUGAAUACAGAAAUAGUCGGCGUAUCCGUAGAUUCGCAUUUCUCUCAUUUAGCAUGGAUUAAUACUUCACGUAAGAACGGUGGUCUAGGAAAACUGGAAUAUCCUUUACUAGCUGAUAUAACCAAAAAAAUCUCUGCUGAUUACGGAGUACUGUUGGACGAAGGAAUAUCUCUAAGAGGGUUGUUUAUAAUUGAUUCUACUGGUGUUGUUCGUCAAAUAACAAUCAAUGAUUUACCGGUUGGAAGAUCCGUUGAUGAAGCUUUAAGGUUAAUCAAAGCCUUUCAAUUUGUGGAAAAACACGGUGAAGUUUGUCCAGCAAAUUGGGACCCUAAGGUCAACUCAGAUACUAUAAAACCAGAUCCUAAAGCAUCACAGGAAUAUUUCAACAAACAUUCGUAAUUUUGUAAACGGUAUUGUCAAAAUGUAAAAAAAUAUACACAUAGAAAAGAUAAAUUGAUUUUAA